AUGUCUAGUCCUACGUUGUACUACUUUGAUUUAAUUGGACUGGCGGAGCCCACUCGGCUUGCGUUCCAUUUGGGAGGUGUUCCGUUCACUGAUUUCCGGUUCCAGCGAGAACAGUGGAAUGAAGAGUACAAGGCCAAGUCCCCAACUGGUAAAGCACCGUGGCUGCAGUUCGAAGACGGGAGUUACCUGACGGAGAGCAGGGCCAUUCUGCUCUACGCGGCGUCCAAGGCUGGGUUGGUACCCACCGACUUCACAGAGCUGGCGGUGUGUGAGCAGGCAUAUAGCAUCGUGCAGGACUCGCUGCCCCCUCUGAGUGACAUCCUUCACAGCCAUGGCGAUCGGGAGACGGCACUCAAGAACGCUCUAGAGCGGCUGGCCGCAGCCGAUAAGGUCGUCGCCAGCAGACAGUCGAAAGAAGGCUGGAUCAAUGGGAAGGGAAUGACAUACGUGGACUUGGCGGUUUUUGCCUUUGUCAAGACGUUCACUGACCGCAUCGAAGGAGUCGACAUGACCAAGUAUGAAAGUUUGCAGAAGACGUACAACGCCGUAAAUGCCGAACCCCGCAUCCAAGAGUACUACAACAAGGAAUAG